CUAAGUGGCGAAGCUCGCCAGUCGGAGCGCCAGUCUGAGGGCCUCCGAGGUAGCGGCAAGGCGGGCGCGGCGCGGCGGGGCGGAGAGGACAAGAUCAGGGCAGGAGGCAAGCGGUUAAUCGAAAGAGCCCCGCACAUCCUGCAAAAUGCUGUCCUGGCGGCUGCAGACCGGCUCGGAAAAGGCCGAGCUCCAGGAGCUCAAUGCUCGGCUUUAUGACUACGUGUGCCGGGUGCGGGAGCUGGAGCGCGAGAACCUGCUGCUGGAGGAGGAGCUGCGCAGCCGGUUGAGCCGGGAGGACCUCUGGAUCGAGGAGCAGGCGCGCUUCGCCGAGGAGGCGCGCAGCCUGCGGCAGCAGCUGGACGAACUGAGCUGGUCCACAGCGCUGGCCGAGGGCGAGCGCGACGCGCUGCGGAGGGAGCUGCGGGAACUGCAGCGGGAGGGCGCCGAAGCCAGCUCUGCCCGCAGCCGCCUGGACGCCGAGCUGGGCGCGCAGCGGCGGGAGCUGGAGGAGGCGCUGGGAGCCCGCGCCGCCUUCGAAGCGCUGCUGGGCCAGCUAGAGGCUGAACGCCGCGACCUGGACGAGGCCCAUGAGCGCCAAGUGCGGGAACUCCGCGCCCGCGCCGCCAGCCUCACCAUGCACUUCCGAGCCCGCGCCCCCGGCCCCGCCGCGCCCCCGCCGCGCCUGCGGGAUGUGCACGACAGCUACGCGCUCCUGGUGGCCGAGUCGUGGCGGGAGAGCGUGCAGCUGUACGAGGACGAAGUGCGCGAGUUGGAGCAGGCGCUGCUCCGCGGCCAGGAGAGCCGGCGCCAGGCGGAGGACGAGGCGCGGCUGUGCGCGCAGGAGGCGGACGCGCUGCGGAACCAGGCACUGGAGUUGGAGCAGCUGCGCGCGCGGCUGGAAGACGAGCUGCUGCGGAUGCAGGAGGAGUACGGGAUGCAGGCCGAGGAGCGGCAGAGAGUGAUUGACAGCCUGGAGGAUGAGAAGGAAGCCCUCACCUUGGCCAUGGCUGACCGGCUACGGGAGUACCAGGAGCUUGUGCAGGUGAAGACUGGCCUCAGCUUGGAGGUGGCCACCUACAGGGCCUUGUUGGAAGGAGAAAGCAAUCCGGAGAUACUGAUCUGGGCUAAGAACAUUGAAAACAUGCCACAAGAGUCCAGAAGCACAUCCUAUCGCUAUACCAACUCAGUAUUACAAAGGAAAAAUGAGAAAAAUCUAUUUCCAAGGCAAAAAACACCUUGGACAGGUGUAAAUCACAGCCCAGCUCUGUAUUCUAACAGGCCAGGGCACCUUGACUCACAGACAACCACAACUGUUGGGAGUGUCACCAGAAGGGGCUUCCUGACCUCCGGGUAUUCCUCCUCAGCUACAACCCUGCAGCAAAAAUCCCUUGAGAAAAAUGUCAACAAUCAAGCCAGUCUCCGACCGGGUGCUCCAACCCACGGCCACCCGAGAAACACCGAUGCUCAAAUGAAAACAUUCCCUGAUCGAUCCAAAGUUGAAGGCACCAGGGACACCCCCAUACGGCUGGCCACAGAGUCCAUUAUCUCCAGAGAGUCACACAAAGAUCACCGGGACAACCUGGCGGCAGGUGCAGUGAACAGCACUCGGUCAGAUGAGAGAACGGUCAUUUUGGGAAAGAAACCAGAAGUGAAAGCCGCUAGGGAACAAGAAAGGGACAGAAUCGGGGUCAUCAAAUUAAAGCCGGAAGAGACAAGGUUUGAUUCUAAAGAGAAGGGUUCAGAAGAAAGAAACCUGAGGUGGGAGGAACUGACCAAGUUAGAUAGAGACGCAAGAACGAGAGAAAGCCAGCAGAGGCGGGAUGAGCUCAAGGAGAAGAGAUCACUGCAGGAGGGGAGGGUGAAGGAGAGGGACGUACCCAUCCAUCUAGAAGCAUCCCGGGGCAGCAGCCCAGAAGUGUCCACAAAAGGCUUGCAGUCACCCGGGAGGAGGGACGCUGGCGACCUUAAGGGGAGAGGGCCGGAAACCAAAGAGGCCAAGUUCCGGUGGGACACCCAGGACGCUGCCAGCUCCCUGCAGAGUGAUUCUAUGACAGAGACUGUAGCAGAAAACAUCGUCACCACCAUCCUCAAGCAGUUCACGCAGUCUCCAGAGGCGGAAGAGAAUGCCAGUUCUUUCCCAGACACAAAGGUCACUUACGUGGACAGGCAAGAACUCCCUGGCAGUAGGAAAACCAAGACGGAAAUUGUUGUGGAGUCUAAGCUGACAGAAGAUGUUGAUGUUUCUGACGAAGCUGGCCUGGAAUACCAUUUAAGCAAGGAUGUCAAGGAAGUGAGGCUGAAAGGAGAGUCAGCUGAGAAGAUGAUAGGAGAGAUGAUCAACGUUGGUCUGAGAGGAAGGGAGGGGAGAGCCAAAGUCGUAAACGUGGAGAUUGUCGAAGAGCCAGUGAGCUACAUAGGUGGUGGGAAGACAGAGUUUUCUACCCCCUUCCAAGUGGAAGAAGCCGAUGAUGUGUCGCCCAGCCCCAAGGGGUUUGUUGAGGAAGAGGAUGGUGAUGGAGAGACCCAUGUGCAAUUCUCAAUGCAUCAACAUCAAAGGACCAAGCAGCCCCAGGGGAGCAUCCCUCAAGUGGAAGAAGUGACGGAGGCCGGUGACUCAGAGGGAGAGCAGAGUUACUUUGUGUCUACCCCAGAUGAGUACCCCGGGGGGCAUGACAGAGAAGAUGAUGGUUCAGUGUAUGGGCAAAUCCACAUAGAGGAAGAGUCCACCAUCCGGUACUCGUGGCAAGAUGAAAUUGUGCAGGGGACUUGGAGGAAGAAAACAAGAGAUGACAUGGGGGAAGAGAAGCAUGUGAAGGUCCUGGAGAUUCCAGCACCUUCCCUGGGGGGUGCCGUGGGUUCUGCUCACCUGAAAGAAGAAGCUAGUGGUGAACUGCAUGCAGAACCCACAGUCAUUGAGAAGGAAAUCAAAAUACCGCACGAGUUCCAUACCUCCAUCAAGGGGGUCUUCGCCAAUGAGCCCCGGCACCAGCUGGUGGAGGUCAUCGGGCAGCUGGAGAAAACCUUGCCGGAGCGCAUGAAGGAGGACCUGUCUGCUCUGACCAGACAGGAUCAAGGAGAGCCGGGGAGUGUCUCAGUGGAUGUGAAGAAGGUCGAGAGCUCUCCUCCUGGUUCUGUGACCUUGAUGGCUGAAGUCAACCUCUCACAGACGGUGGAUGCUGACCAGUUAGACCUGGAGGAGUUGAGCAGGGAUGAAGCUGGAGAAAUAGAGAGGACUGUGGAGUCUGUGGUAAGAGAGAGCUUGACCAAGCGCUCCAGCUCAAUGCCUAGAAGCCCAGACAGAGAAGAUGGAGAGGAGGUGCCUGCUGGGGGCAUUCUCUUCAAGCGCUGGGCCACCAGGGAACUGUAUAGUCCAUCUUUUGAGACGGGUGAUGCUUGCUGGACCCCUUCCAGCUCAGAUCAGCGUGGAACCCAGGGCCCAGUGUCAGCCACCGUGGAAGUCACCAGCCCUACGGGCUUUGUGCAGUCUCACACGCUGGAGGAUAUAAGCCAGUCUGUAAGGCAUGUUAAACUAGGCCCCACUGAAAUGUGGAGAACUGAGCAGGUGUCCUACGGAGGGCCCACCGCACAGGUGGUGGAGGUAAGUGGGGACUUCAGUGAGGCAGUCAGCUCUGAGGGAGCCAGCCGCUCUGUGAAGCACAUUACACUGGGUCCCCAUCAAAGUCAUGUGUCCACAGAAGUCACCUUCCGAGGCUCUGUGCCUACCUGCGAAGCAGGAGACACAGAAGAGCCUCACCCAGUGGCACCGUCUGUAGAAGCAGACCUAUCCAGGAACCACAGAGUAUCUGGCUCUGAGCAAUUUCAUGCUGAAAAGGAAAUUCAUUUUCUGGGUCCUAGUUCUGGGGCAGCCCAGGCUGGUAAUAACUUUGCAACAGAAGAGUCAGUGAGUACGCAGACUUUUGUUAGGCAUCUCCAGUUAGGCCCCAAAGAAGGGUUCAGGGAGGAAAUCCAGUUCAUAGCUCCCAUCCCAGACAAAGUGGAGUGGGGAACAGAAGAGGAUUCUGAGCACACCAGAGUGUCUCUAGGAAGGAGUACAUCCAUCCAGCACAUUGACAUUGGGCCUCAGAGGCCCCAAACCUCCAAGCUGAUAGCUCCACACACCUUGGAAUUUAGGGACUCAGAAGGCACGGUCCUUGUAGAGGGCUCAGUGGGGAUGACCCAGUCCACUCACAGUCUCACCUCAGGCAGAGAAAUCCUGAGGAACAAAGAGAACACAUUCCAGAGGGUCAUUUCUGAGUCCCUUCCGGACAGUGUGGGGGACACAGGAGCAGAGGUGACAGUAGGCAUCAGCAGGUCCUUUAGGCACAUUCAGAUAGGCCCUACAGAGAAGGGCUCCUCUGAACACAUUGUCAUCCAUGGACCCAUGUCUAAAACGUUUGUACUCGAUCGUUCAGUGGCGUCCCCUGAGCUAGGUGGGCUAGCAGGGGACAGCAGCACACUAAGCCACAUUGCACCGGGGCCCAAAGAAACUUCAUUUACUUUUCAGAUGGAUGUGAGUAACUCGAGGGCAACCCGCGGCUGGACCCGAGAGGCAGGGUCGGAAGUAGAAGCUCACGGUGUGUCUGACCGUGGUGGCUGGGGAACUGUUCACACUAGGACUGAGCAGGUCACCAGCAUGAGCUCUCGGGUCUCUGCUGGGGAGGGACACCAGGCCCGUGGAGAGAAAGGCGUGGAGCAGGCUGGAUUUGACAAGACCGUGCAGCCGCAGAGAGUGGUAGACCAAAGGUCAGUGGCCUCAGAUGAGAAGAAAGUCGCCCUUGUCUACCUAGACAACGAGGAGGAGGAAGAGGGCGAUGGAUGGUUUUGAUAAGCAGAACAAUCUUGUCUUAAAUGGCGCUUGGGAAGCAUACCGCUAUACACAGCCUUUAACAUACCACUAUACAAAGCCUUUACUAACUGUAUGGGGGACGGGGAGGCUGGUUAUCAAUACCUUUAUUUAAAGAACCCGAGGCUGAGUCAGUUUGCUUUCGAAUUCCUCUGUAAAGGUUUGAGAGCGACUCUGACCUUUCAAGGCUUUCAGGUUUUACAUUUGAGCUGAGAAUUUUGCAGACACUUUUCAUCUUUUUAGUCUUAAAAAGCUCCUUUCUCUAAAGCUUUCUUUCCACAUAUGGAGAGAGUUUGUAUGAGGUUUGCAUCAGGCCACAGGCGUGACUUACUGAUGUUCUACUGUUGAUCUAUAAGCAAGACACUUUAACAUUAACAUUAACCAGAUUAAAAUAAUAUAUGGUAGGUUUUAUUUGCAUGUGCUAAUAUCAAACAGUAAACUAACACUGGAAAGGACAACACAUAGUUUUCUCUUUCCUAAGUCUUUUCAAAAGGAAAUUAUAGAAGGGCCGGAGAGAUGGCUCAGUGGUUAAGA